CAGGGUGGGUGAAAACAGAGUUUGGUGUUGUGGAAUCACUUAGGGUCUUGUGGUCUUGUGAUAAUUGUUUGUGUUUCUGCUGGUCAGAGGGAAAAGGCGCUCCACGGUAAAUGAAUGAUUGCAAGAAACGGGAAUUGUUUUGCACUCAAGAAAAGGGUGCCGUUGAAAGGAGUAAUUACUGGGGUAGUAGUAAAUGUAAAAGUUGACCAACUGAAGGGGAAGAUUGCCAGUGUUUGUGAUGCUUGUAAUUUUGUGCGACACAGACAGGGUGGCGUGUGUGGUGAAGCAGAAGAGCCAUUGCUUGUUCUUUUGAGUUUUGAUGUUGAGUCUUUGCCGUACAAAGUGAUAUUAGGUUAUCGUGUAUGAGAUUUUCUGCCGAAUACAUUACGCUGUUACAGGUGUCAAGCUUAUGGGCAUGUGGCAGCAGUGUGUUGGAGGGAGGUUUGUAGGUGUGAGAAGGGUGAAGAAGGGCAUGAGACAAAGGAAUGUGUAGCAUUGGGGAAGGUAGUGGUAUGUGUUCAUUGUAGGGGUUCCCAUGGGGCUGGGGAUCAGAAAUGUCCCGUGUGCGAGAGGAAGGUUGAGGUUUCCAGGGUUAGAGUAGUGCAUAAGUUGUAAUAUGCUGAGGCAGUGAAGAAUGUAGAGGAAGAUGGGUCAUGGGGGAGGUUUCCUGAGAGGAGUGGUGUGAGUAGUACCAGUACAGAGGGAUAGGCCAACAAGUGAUAUAUGUUUCAGUAAGAUUGGAUUUUUUUGCAUUUAUAGCAAUGGUUAUCAAGUCACAGAGAAUGGAGGUUGUGGUGGCAGCUGCAGAGAGGUAUUUGGGUGUGCGAGACUUGACAUCAGAAGAGUGACAGGGUGUGUUAAGUGGUGGUGUCCCAUCCUUUCAGGUUGUCAGCCUUAGUUAGGACUAAAUAGAUGUAAAUAGUCGAGUAGGGUUGUGUUAUUUAUUCUUAUUAUAUAUAGAAUUUCUUUUGUGAGUGUUGUUAGAUGGUAGGGUAUUUGUUUAUUUAUGUAUUUUUUCAAGCAAAGUAUAAGGGAGUUGUACUCCAGUCGAGUAGAUGGCGGUAAUGCAACAUUUAUUGAAUUGCCAACCGCCGUUAAACCUCAUCAAAGAAGAUGAGGUUAAACCUGCGUGCUGCCUGAGGCUUGUAACACACGUUUCAGUCAUGGACACAUUUGGAGACGAAUUUAAUAAGUAUCGUUCACCGCUGGUGUCACGAUAUGCCAGCAAGGAAAUGGCUUAUAACUUCAGUGACAAGAAGAAAUUCACAACGUGGAGAAAACUGUGGAUCUAUUUGGCCAAAGCGGAAAAGGCUCUUGGCCUGCCCGUCACCGAAGCCCAGGUAGCAGAGAUGGAGAGCCACGCUGAGGACAUCGACUUUGCCAUGGCGGCAGAGGAGGAGAGCAAGCUGAGGCACGAUGUCAUGGCCCACGUCCACACUUUCGCCCACUGCUGCCCCACCGCUGCUCCCAUCAUCCACCUGGGUGCCACUUCCUGUUACGUGGGAGACAACACGGAUUUGAUCAUGCUUCGUGACGGUUUUGACAUUCUCCUGCCGAAGUUGGCCAGAGUGAUCGACAGACUAUCAAACUUUGCUGAAAAAUACGCUGGUCUCCCCACCCUGGGUUUCACACAUUACCAGCCGGCCCAGUUGACCACAGUGGGUAAGAGAGCAUGUCUGUGGCUCCAGGACCUGGCCAUGGACAUGCGGAACCUUCAGCGCGCCCGCGAAGACCUGCGUUUCCGGGGGGUGAAGGGUACUACGGGCACCCAGGCCAGCUUUCUGCAGCUCUUCCAGGGGGACCAUGAUAAGGUGGAGGAUCUGGACAGAAUGGUCACGGAGAUGGCAGGCUUCAAAAAGGCUUACAUGGUGACUGGACAGACGUACAGUCGUAAGGUAGACAUCGACUCCCUCUCUCCCCUGGCCAGCAUGGGAGCCACCAUCCACAAGAUCUGCACUGACAUCCGCCUGCUGGCUAACCUUAAAGAGAUUGAGGAGCCUUUUGAAAAGGAGCAGAUUGGCUCCAGUGCCAUGCCCUACAAGAGGAACCCAAUGCGUUGUGAGCGUUGUUGUAGUCUGGCCCGCCACCUGAUAGCGCUGCUCGCUGACCCCCUCCAGACUGCCUCUGUCCAGUGGCUGGAAAGAACACUGGAUGACAGUGCCAAUAGGAGAAUCUCUCUCCCUGAGUCUUUCCUUACCGCUGACAUCAUCCUCAGCACCCUGCAGAACAUCACCGAAGGCCUGGUGGUCUACCCCAAGGUGAUCGAGAGACACAUCCAUCAUGAGCUUCCCUUCAUGGCUACAGAGAACAUAAUCAUGGCUAUGGUGAAGGCUGGAGGCAACAGACAGGACUGCCACGAGAAGAUCCGUGUGUUGUCCCAGCAGGCUGCAACUGUGGUCAAACAGGAGGGGGGGGACAAUGACCUUUUGGCCAGGGUCCAGGCUGACCCCUACUUCGCCCCUAUCCUGGGCCAUCUAGACAACAUCCUGGACCCCAAGACCUUCAUCGGCCGCGCCCCCCAACAGGUGGCGAGGUUUCUCUCUGAGGAGGUACGCCCUCUGCUGGAACCUUACAAGGCCGAGAUUCACGUCAAGAUCGAGCUGGAGCUCUAAAAUGGGGGACAAUCCUGACCUGUAAAACGACUAGCCAAAAUACUAAAACUGAUCCUUAAUUUAACCCUGACUUAAUUUAAACUAAUUCGGAAAUAUUGUUUAGCAAGUUAGGAGUGGCCUUCUCACUAAAACAAACACAUACGGUUACACACCAAAAUAAACCUCAUGACUGACAUUGCAUGCUUUACUGUACGGCAAUAAAAGACUGAAAUCAGAAGUCAGUGAGUUUGUAAUGUGAAACUAGCAGAGUUAGAACAUAUACAUAUGAAAUCUCUGAAAUAUUUCAGGCCCUACGUCUAUAUAUUUCAUACUGUUCCAAAACUGUAUUUUCCUAACUUGAUUCACUAAGCAAAAAAUAAACGUUGUUAAUGAAAUUCCUUGUUACCUAUUUGAGGCACAGUAAACCUUUUAGACUAAAGGACCCAGCUUCCUCUUCAAAUGGUUGGGAUCAAAGGGCCUUUGUCCCACCAGUCUUUAUUACCAAGAGUGUCAUCAUAUGAAGUUGAUAAUAUUGGUUCAGUGGAACCAUUAUUACACUCAUUUAUUGCUUUGUAUUUGAAUGAUCUAAUACUCAACAGCAGACGCCCUGUUACAGCUUUCAGUCUGGAGAGAAAGAAGACUAUAUGAAGUCCUGUGUUUUGAUAUACUUUGGUUUCACUAUGUUUGUGGAUGUUCAAUAUGAAUUAUGUAUGACAGAGUUUAUAUUUAGAAAAUGGGUACCUGAAAUGGAAAGAAAGGGUAAUGUGGAGUGUGAGAACGAGGUGUGCAGAGGAAGCCCACAGCUAGUACAGUAUGUUACUGGCAAGCAAGUAGUUGUAAAUAAAAAUAUAUAUUGUUG